AGACCAACAAACCCGCUAUGUACAACCUCCGAAGCGUGAAUCCUGCAAACCGGUCAGCACCUACAAGCCACCAGAGGUGCAGUUUGGGUGUGAUAGCGUGUACAAAACAUCCUUCCACACGGACCCACAACUAGUCGUCAAUGCACGGCCAUUACCGAUUAAGCCACAAUCACACCUGGCACCCCAUCCAGGAACGUUGGAAAAGGACACGGUCACAGCGCUCUCCUACCCUGGUUAUCAGCACAGUGAACGGGUACAACCGAUCGUUCCGACGGCUAAUCAGCUCAUACAGCCGGGCCCUCUGCAGGAGAUGACGACUACGCGCCACGACUAUGUUCCCAAGGCGACACCGAAGCGAUACAAAAUUGUGCCAAGCGGACACAUGCACGUGCACAGUGCACCGUUCGAGAAGCAGACGGUUAACAAACUCUCGUACAGCUGCCCCAACAUGGUGGACUUCGAACCGGCACGGUCCUGCAAACCGAUCCGCCAGUACGAGCGGUCCGAGAUUCCGAUGGAAUCAGAAACGACCAGCAAGCUCAGUUACGGCCCCGUUUGCCCGGCACCGAAGGAAGCAAUGCCUUGGGCGCGGCGUGGCAGUUUCCACCCACCAACGGUGGCCAUCAGCUGCGAUACGACAUACAAGAAGAGCUACAUCCCGAGCGGUGCCACCGAUCGGCCCAAGCCAGUGCUGCCUUACAACAAUCUCGCCGUACCCGCCGGUUCGGGAUUCGAAUCGAGCACGGUGUACAAAGAGAGCUACCACAGUGCCGCUUGUGGCGGACGGCCACCAGCGAUUCGGCCCCAGUGUCACCUACAGAUAGCUGACCAACGGUUGGAAGAUGACACGGUUUACAAGAUGUCGUUUGCCACGCACUGCCACUCGGAACGUCCGGCUCCGAUACUGCCCCGGUCCGCUACGAUGAUGGGCGAGGGCCCAAUGCAGGAGAUGACGACGCAGCGGCACGAUUUCGUCGGAAAACCACCAGCCAAACGGGACCCGAUCGUUCCGCAGGGUUCUCUGGCCAUACCGGCGGGUCGUGUGGACAGUGCCACCACCACCCGGCUGUCCUAUCCUGCGACCAACAAGGAAAAUAUCGUACCCACGAAAUCCUGCAAACCCAUUCUGCUCUACAAGCGACCGGAAGAACGAAUGGAGAGUGAUACGACGCAAAAGCUAAGCUACAUGCCGGUCUGCCCGCCACCGAAGGAACAUUAUCCGUGGGCGCAACGGAAGCGCUACGAGGCACCGAAUCAACCGAUGGCAUCGGACACGGUGCAGAGGCUAAGUUAUCCCGCCCCGGGGCAGUAUAUCGAGGAACCGUGCCCAGGCAGCAUGGCGGCUCCGUGUUGCCAGGGUUGCAAACCGUCAGCGGUCAACUGUUGCUCGACCUCGGUGGAUACGGACGGUAACACCAGCUAUCCCCGGGCGGCAAUAGUGUAACGAUUCCCUGUUCUGGACGAUGGACAAGAGAAGAUAUGUUAGGACAAAGCGGGACAAGUGGACAAAAUUGUAUGUGUGUAAAUAGUCGCAACGAUUUUUAGACGAACAAAAACCCGUUUUUAUAAUGCAUCCUUUCCCCCUCUGGGACGUCAUCGAGUUUGACGAGGUUUAGUAGAUCGACCGAUCAUUUCUAGCCAUUUUUUGUUGUGCAAGUUACGUUUCGUGAAAGAGCUGCCGGUGAUAGGCUACUACGAUAGAAUCGCCAAAUAUAAAAUUCAAAGAAACACGAACAGCCAGAAAAGUAGG